AUGCCUGGGUCUGUCGUUGAGGACGUCGCCGCGGAAGCCGCGCAGGCGCUGCUCGCGGCCGGCUACACGUCGGUCGCUGAGCUGGCGGGCGGGUACCGCGCGUGGGACCUGGCGUACCGCCCCGACGGGCGCAAGCGGGAGCGCGGCAACUGGGCGGACCGGUCGUCCGGCGACCUCGAGUGGUGGACGGCAUCGAAUUGA